AUGAAACAUAAGUUCUGGGUAUUUGAAUAAGCUGCUUCAUAAGAAAUAAAGAAAAAUAAUAUAUUAAAUUUAAAAAAGCCUUAAAAUAUUCAGCCUAAACUUAAAAAAAUUAUUUCUAAUACUAAUUUAUAUAUACUGAUAAAUUCUGAUAAUUUGGCGGUAAAUUGGUGGGAAGUGUUUAGGUUGGUUUAUGUAAUACAAUAAUGAU